GCGCGAGCAGGGGCGGCGAGCGUCGGCCUCGGGCCCGGGGCGGCCUGCGACCCGUCGUGAGCACCUGGGCGCCGCGAGAAGCCGCACUUCACACCGAGACAUGGCACAGAUCAGCCGGGAAACUCUGAAGGCGAAAAUAUCUGCCAUCCUCAAAGGAGCAGACCUCGAAACUCUCUCAGCCAAGAAAGUGCGGCAACAGCUCGAACAAGAGCUCGGGGUUGACCUUUCUGACCGGAAGAAGGAAAUAGACGCAAUUAUCAUGGCUGAUGUUGAGGACCAGGUUAACUCCCACUCAGAGGAGGAGGAGGUGUCCGAGGAGGAGACCAACAAGGGCAAGGAUGAGUCGGAGUCGGAGCCAGAGCCUGAUGACAAAGCAGGUGAUGAUGAUGACUACGAGCCUGGUGCGAAGAAGCCCAGGAAGCCCAAGGCCAGCCCCAAAAAGAGGCGCGCUUCUGAUGAUGACGACUCGGACGAAGAGUGGGGCAAGAGGAAGAGGCAGAGUCCAGCUAAGAAGGGAGGUGGAGGAGGUGGGCGCGGCAAGAAGUCUGCCUUCACAAAGUCUUUCAAAUUGUCUCCCGAACUCGCCGAUGUUGUUGGAGCUGAUGUAAUGCCCCGUCAUGAAGUAGUCAAGAAAUUGUGGGCUGUUAUCAAGGAGAGGGAACUGCAGGACCCUAAAAAUAAGCAAUAUGCUAUCUGUGAUGAUCAGCUCUUGAAAGUGUUCGGUGUAAAGCGCUUCCGUACAUUUGGCAUGAUGAAACACCUGAAGGAGCAUUUCCUCGAGGCAGCUUAAGAUUACUCCUCCUCCUAGGGACCUUUGUCAGCCUGCAAUGCCUAGCACACGUGGCAGUUGACCAUCCUGUAGCUGCCAGGCGUUUGGCCGUUCUCACAACCAGACCUGCUUAGUUGGAAACCCUCACAACUUAAGUUUUUUUAUUUAUUUAUUAAAUUUUUUUGAUUUCUCUGAAUAAUUUAUUGAUGUCUUUAUUUCAUUCGGCAUAAAACUGACCAGAAAUGAAGGUCAGUCAUGUGCUAAAAAUUAAGUGGAAAAAUUAUGAUGAUAUUCUUUCGUGUAACAGAGAAUUAUUUUUUUUCCCUUGUUUCCUUGUAAUCUCACUAGGGUUAGUGAGGAAGGUGUAUUGUUUACGUACUGUAUAUUCUGUGAAGAGGGUCUAACUCUUCUUCCUAAGCAUUGUUUGGUGUGUGCCUUUUGUAUCUUAUUGUCAUCAGUGGAAUAUGCAUUAGUGGAUGUGCUUGUAAAAAGAAAAAAAAAAUCUUUUUUUUACUUGGAUUUUUUUUUUUAUUACAGUUUAACGUCUUGUUCACAGAAUAGCGAUAUUCAUAUGGUCAAAUCUGCCUCCCCUCGUUUCCUUUCCUCUUUUUUAUUGUCUGAUGUGUUCAUUGUAAUGGAGAGUUAACUACACCUUAGCCAGCUCACUUCUUCAUAUAUAACAAAAACCAUUAAUCAUUACAUUCUUCUGUUUUGGACGAUAGCAUUGUAUAAUAAACGUAUUAUUAUGAUUUUUCUGUGGCUUAAAAGUAGAUAGGUCCUGCCUUUAGGUUUACUUAUCAUUAUUUAUCGGGUUGCUGCAUUCCAACUAUAAGAAUGCUUUGUGACUAAAAAAAAAAAAAAAAAUAAACUCUUGGAGUAUGUGUAGGUUUUUUGAGAGUUAUUUCGGAUUUUAUUAAUUUCAUUUAUAUAAUGUAAAAAGCCACAGAUAGUUUACAAAUAAAUAUUUAAAAAUUUGUCACAACAGUACAUCUUUUAAUAAAAUAUUUUGUAAAAAAAUAGGA